AGAGAUGCAAAAGAAAACAAUUAUAAACAAUAAAAACAGUCGCUGGAGCUGCAGGUUUGAUUAGAGCCCUUUACCAGCUACAGUUUAUUUUACUUUCACAUCUCUGUUAUGUAGUUUUUAGACAGAUAUUUUGAGUCAGCAUCGUCGUUUUAGGUUAUCCAAGUGUAACUGUUUAUCGUUUGACAUCUUAAAGUAGGCUAAUCAACGCAUUUAACAGUUAACAGUACACAGUCGGUGCGAAAACAACGUUUCUUUAGAAAAAUCUCCUCAAGAUCGAUAGAUAUCUUUUAUAUAGGCCUACUAAAAUUAAGACGUCAUGUCACCUGUGGAUGUAUGGGUAGGCUCUUGGAGGCCCCAUAAGCCAAGGGGCCCCAUUGCUGCAAUGUAUAACAGUCCAGGGCCAACAUAUGCUCUGCCAGGGGCAACUGGAAUGAAUAAUCAUGACCCACGUAUGCAGAAAGGCCCAGCGUUUAGCUUCGGCAUACGUCAUCACAACUUUCAUGGCAACUAUUCUCCAGGACCCGGAUACCUCGUUCCCUCCAACAUCACGAGGGUGGGUCGGGAUGGGACACCUGCGUACUCUGUCUAUGGCCGUCGCAAGGAUAUCCAGCCCUUCCAGACCCCUGGCCCAGGCAGUUACUCUCCUGAAAAUGCAACAAAAGCCACCUAUCUCUCACCCCCUGCAUUCACCUUAUCUGCAAGGACUAAGUUGUUCCGUAAUGACCAAACUCCAGGUCCAGCUGCGUACAUGCUUCCCCCAGUUUUAGGACCAAAAGUUGUAAAUAAAACAUCUGCCCCAAACGUCUCCUUCAGCGGUCGUAGUGCAAUCGGCAGCUUCCAUGAAGAUCUACGAAAGACUCCAGGCCCAGGGACGUACCAAGUGGUGGAUCCAUGUGUGUACAAACACAAAGGGCCUCAGUACAGUAUGACAGGUCGUAACAUGAUGCCUGGAGACAUGACCAAGAAGCCAGGACCUGGAGCCCACUAUCCAGAAAUGGUUUGCUUCACAAGAGCCAAAGCUCCCAGCUUCUCCUUUGGAAUUCGUCAUUCUGAGUACGUCGCUCCAACAAUUGUGGAUGGUGAAGAUUAAGCAGGUCAUUUCGAAAUAAAUUCUGUCACCUAAGCUAUAAUCUGUCAUAUCAGGUCUUAAUAUUGCUAGUCAUGGUGUUCUAGUAAAAAUCUUGCUCAAAGAUGCAAUAAUUGUGCCACAAUAUGAGAAUUAAGCUACUUUAUCACUACUUCAGUCUGCAGUUAUUAUGCUUCAGAAAUGUUUUUAAAAUCUCACAAAAUCAAAAUGUAUGCUUAUUUUGUUACCGCACAUACUUAGCCUUAAGGGGAAUCAUUAAUUUGUGCAAGUUGAGCCCGUCAAAAAAAUUGUAAUCUUGAAUCAAAAACUAACCAGUGGCUGUCCUUCUCUGAUGAUGUCAGUUGGAUAGCUUGGUUGAAAUAUGCUUUACCACGCCCGUCGAACUGUUCUUGUGUUGCAAGUGAAGGAUGAGAGGAGGAGUGCAAAAAUUAAACUCCGCCCCCCACUAAAUAUUUUAUUAAAUUUGAAAAUACAUGAUCAUACUAAAAUAAAGAGCCUGCAGCAACCUCCGGUUGACACAGACUUUAACUUUUUGAUUUGAUGCUUAAAAAAUGGUUAAAGUUUUGAAAAUAGCUGUAUCCAGACUACUCAAAAGACCAUUUAUUGAAAAGAACCAUACAAAACCAAGAAUCCAUUUCCACCAUGAAGAAUCUUUUUGAAACUAAAAGGUUCCACAGAUGCCUUUGUUUGUAGGAGUAAUAUAGAUUGCACCUUUAAAGGUGGCGGUUGGCGGUUGACCAGGUACUGUAACCCAUUAGGUUUUGGAACAGAGCUAAAAUGGCACAGAGAUGGCAAACAGCACUGAUGAUUACUGUGUAAAUCAUGAAUAAGUAAAACCUUUCAAGCACAA